GCACCCUCACUCGUCUCGACCGUUCCCGCUGCGGCAGCGUCUGCGAGUGGCGCUGGCGCCUAGCGCGUGUGCGGGAGGUGUGGGAGGCGGAGGCGCCGAGAUGGGAAACGAACGAGCGAAACGGGGGCGGAUUCCAUGGCGCCCCGCAGAGAUCGAGGCGGGGGCCAGCCAUGGCCGCUCCACGUACUCCAACCCCCCUCCCGUCCCCCACCGCCUUCUACACAUCCCCUCCUCCCUCUCCACUCCUCCGCUUUUGCACCGCACCAGUUUCCUCCGCCUUCCUCCCACGAGAGGACGGACGACGACGACGACGUCGGAGCGGUCGGGAAGGAAGAUGUGAGUUUGUCCGCCCCAUCGCUCACAGCUUCGUUGUUCGACUGAUCACCCUCCUCCGGGCGCCGGCGAAAUGGGAACGAAAGUAAAUAUAAUCGUGGGCUCUCAUGUAUGGGCCGAAGACCCUGAGAUUUGCUGGGUCGAUGGAGAGGUCGUUAAAAUCAAUGGGGAAGAGGCUGAGAUCCAGGCAACCAAUGGGAAAAAGAUUGUUGCAAACUUGGCGAAACUAUACCCCAAAGACAGGGAGGCAGCUGCUGGUGGAGUUGAUGACAUGACAAAGCUCUCCUAUCUCCAUGAACCAGGAGUGUUGCAGAAUUUGGCUAUCAGAUAUGAGCUUAAUGAAAUUUAUACAUAUACUGGAAAUAUUCUCAUCGCUGUCAAUCCUUUCCAAAGAUUGCCUCAUAUAUACGAUCCGCAUAUGAUGCAACAGUAUAAGGGGGCAUCAUUUGGAGAGUUAAGUCCACAUGUUUUUGCUGUGGCAGAUGUUGCAUACAGAGCUAUGAUUAAUGAACAGAAGAGUAACGCCAUUCUUGUGAGUGGUGAGAGUGGUGCUGGCAAAACAGAAACAACAAAAAUGCUUAUGAGGUAUCUUGCCUAUUUGGGUGGCCGAGCUGCAACUGAAGGAAGAACAGUAGAGCAACAAGUUCUCGAAUCAAAUCCAGUCCUUGAAGCUUUUGGCAAUGCGAAAACUGUCAGAAAUAACAAUUCUAGUCGGUUUGGUAAGUUUGUUGAGAUUCAGUUUGAUAAGCAAGGGCGGAUCUCAGGUGCUGCUAUCAGAACUUACCUUCUAGAAAGGUCACGUGUAUGCCAAAUAUCUGAUCCAGAACGCAAUUACCACUGCUUUUAUCUCCUUUGCUCGGCACCACAGGAGGAGAUUGAAAAGUACAAAUUAGGAAAUCCUAAGACUUUUCACUAUCUCAAUCAAUCAAAUUGCUACGAGUUGGUUGGGGUAAGCGACGCCCAUGAAUAUUUGGCUACCAGAAGAGCAAUGGAUAUUGUUGGCAUCAGUACUCAGGAACAGGAUGCUAUUUUCAGGGUUGUUGCUGCUAUCCUUCAUAUUGGCAACAUUGAAUUCGCCAAGGGGAAAGAAGUUGAUUCCUCAGUCUUGAAAGAUGAGAAAUCCAAGUUCCAUCUUGAAACAACUGCUGAGCUUCUUAUGUGUGAUCCUGGAGCCUUGGAAGAUGCUCUUUGUAAGCGUGUCAUGGUAACACCAGAGGAGGUUAUAAAAAGAAGCCUUGAUCCUUACAAUGCAACCAUUAGCAGGGAUGGUCUGGCAAAGACGAUAUAUUCUCGCUUGUUUGACUGGCUUGUUGACAAAAUUAAUAGUUCCAUUGGGCAAGAUGCUAGCUCUAAAUGUCUUAUUGGUGUCCUGGACAUCUAUGGUUUUGAGAGCUUCAAGUCAAACAGUUUUGAACAAUUCUGUAUUAAUUAUACAAACGAGAAAUUGCAACAACAUUUCAAUCAGCACGUUUUCAAGAUGGAACAAGAGGAGUACACUAAAGAACAAAUUGAUUGGAGCUAUAUUGAAUUUGUUGAUAAUCAAGAUGUUCUUGACCUUAUUGAGAAGAAACCUGGUGGUGUUAUUGCACUUCUUGACGAGGCAUGUAUGUUCCCCAAGUCAACACAUGAGACGUUUGCCCAGAAGCUCUACCAGACUUUUCAAAAGCACAAACGUUUUGUCAAACCAAAGCUAUCUCGCACUGAUUUUACGAUUUGUCACUAUGCUGGAGAGGUGUUGUACCAGUCCGAUCAAUUCCUUGACAAAAAUAAAGACUAUGUUGUGGCAGAGCACCAGGAGCUACUGAGUGCUUCUAAAUGUUCAUUUAUCUCUGGUUUAUUUCCACCUCUGCCAGAGGAGACAUCUAAAUCUUCCAAGUUCUCUUCCAUAGGAGCUCGCUUUAAGCAACAACUUCAAGCACUUAUGGAAACCUUAAAUUCUACAGAGCCUCAUUAUAUCAGAUGUGUGAAGCCAAAUAAUGUGCUAAAACCGGCAAUUUUCGAGAAUGUCAAUGUCAUGCAACAGUUGCGUUGUGGUGGUGUACUUGAGGCAAUCAGGAUUAGUUGUGCCGGGUAUCCUACACGUCGCACGUUUUAUGAGUUUUUGCAUCGUUUUGGAAUACUUGCACCUGAGGCCCUUGAAGGAAAUAACGAUGAAAAGGUUGCAUGCAAGAGGAUUUUGGAAAAAAAGGGUCUUUUGGGCUUUCAGAUAGGUAAAACAAAGGUUUUUCUGAGAGCUGGCCAGAUGGCUGAAUUAGAUGCUAGGAGGACUGAAGUACUCAGUGCUGCGGCAAAAACAAUUCAGGGGAAAAUACGGACACAUAUGAUGCGGAAGAAGUUCCUUUCUUUGAGGAAGGCAUCUGUGUGUGUUCAGGCAAUAUGGAGAGGAAGAUUAGCUUGUAAACUAUAUGAUAACAUGCGAAGGGAAGUAGCUGCCAUCAAAGUUCAGAAAUGUCAACGUAGGCAUCAGGCAAGAAGGUCCUACAAACUCCAACAUGCUUCGGUUCUUGUGGUGCAAACUGCAUUGCGAGCGAUGGCAGCAAGAAAUGAGUUCAGAUUUAAGAAGCAAUCUAAGGCAGCUGUUACAAUUCAGGCUCGUUAUAGGUGCCAUAGAGCUCAUUUGUAUCAUAGGAAGUUGAAAUGUGCAGCCAUUGUUGCACAAUGUAGAUGGAGGGGAAAAACUGCAAGGAAAGAGCUCAGGAAGCUCAAAAUGGAAGCAAGAGAAACAGGUGCACUCAAGGAAGCAAAAGAUAAACUUGAAAAGAAAGUGGAAGAACUUACAUGGCGUGUGCAAUUAGAGAAGCGACUGAGGACAGACUUGGAAGAAGCAAAAGCUCAGGAGUUGUCAAAACUGCAGAGCUCUAUGGAAGCAUUGCAAGGCAAAUUGGAUGAAGCAAACACAAUGCUUGUCAAGGAACGAGAAGCUGUCAAGACUAUCGAGGAAGCACCUCCUGUUGUGAAGGAAACUGAGGUUUUUGUCCAAGACACCGAAAAGAUCGAUUCCUUGACAACAGAGGUGCAAGAACUUAAGACCUCAUUACAAUCAGAAAAAGAAAGAGCCGAUGAUUUAGAAAAGAAACGCUCUGAAGAAGAACAAGCAAAUGAAGAAAAGCAAAAGAAACUGGAAGAGACUGAAAUAAAAAUGCGUCAAUUUCAGGAAUACCUGAGAAGGUUAGAGGAGAAACUCUCUAAUGUAGAAUCUGAAAAUAAAGUGCUUCGUCAGCAAGCUGUCUCAAUGGCUCCAAGCAAAAUUCUGUCUGGCCGCUCCAAGUCCAAUUUACAAAGGAGUUCUGAAAAUGUUCAUGUAUCAGGCAAUGAUCCAAAAAUAACUCCAGAGUCCAAUAAUGCAUCCUCUCCUAAAAAGGAAUACGACAUUGAUGAUAAGCCACAGAAAUCUCUUAAUGAAAAGCAGCAGGAGAAUCAAGAUCUAUUAAUUAGGUGCAUCGCACAGCAUUUAGGUUUUGCUGGGAAUCGGCCAGUUGCUGCUUGUAUAAUAUACAAAUGCCUUCUUCAUUGGAGAUCAUUUGAGGUAGAGCGGACAAGUGUUUUUGAUCGCAUCAUUCAGACCAUUGGACAUGCAAUUGAGACACAAGACAAUAAUGAAGUCUUAGCAUAUUGGCUUUCAAAUGCUUCAACACUGUUGCUGUUGCUUCAACGGACAUUAAAGGCGAGUGGAUCAACAGGAAUGGCUCCCCAGCGUCGACGAUCAUCUUCAGCUACACUUUUUGGAAGGAUGACGCAGAGCUUCAGAGGAACUCCACAAGGUGUAAAUCUUUCUCUCAUAAAUGGAAGCAUGGUUAGUGGAGUCGAGACACUGAGACAAGUCGAAGCCAAGUAUCCUGCUUUACUGUUUAAACAACAACUUACGGCAUAUGUGGAGAAGAUAUAUGGAAUGAUCCGGGAUAAUCUGAAGAAAGAGAUCUCUCCUUUGCUUGGCUUGUGCAUUCAGGCCCCGAGAACAUCAAGAGCAAGCUUAAUGAAAGGAUCUUCACGUUCAAACACUAAUACUGCUGCUCAACAAGCUUUGAUCGCUCACUGGCAAGGGAUUGUGAAGAGCCUUGGAAAUUUCUUGAACAUACUGAAAGUGAACAAUGUUCCUCCUUUCUUGGUGCGAAAAGUAUUCACUCAGAUAUUCUCAUUUAUCAAUGUACAGCUAUUUAACAGUCUGCUAUUGAGAAGGGAGUGCUGUUCAUUCAGUAACGGCGAGUACGUAAAAGCAGGAUUAGCUGAACUUGAACAUUGGUGCUAUAGGGCUACUGACGAGUAUGCAGGUUCAGCAUGGGAUGAGCUUAAACAUAUUAGACAAGCUAUUGGUUUCCUGGUAAUUCAUCAAAAGCCAAAGAAAACGUUGGAUGAAAUAAGUCAUGACCUUUGUCCGGUACUUAGCAUACAACAGCUAUACAGGAUUAGUACUAUGUACUGGGAUGACAAGUAUGGAACACAUAGUGUUUCCCCAGAGGUUAUAUCAAACAUGAGAGUAUUAAUGACAGAAGACUCCAACAAUCCUGUAAGCAAUUCAUUUCUGCUGGAUGAUGACUCAAGCAUACCGUUCUCCGUCGAUGACAUAUCUAAAUCAAUGGAGCAGAUCGACAUCUCUGACAUUGAGCCACCUCCAUUGAUUCGGGAGAACUCCGGCUUUGUAUUCCUGUUGCCGCCACCUGAAUAGAUGCGUGGCGUGAGUGCGAACUUGGGCGUGGAAUGCAGGUACCCAGAACGAUGAUUGGGCGGUCUAUGAAGUGCGAGGUUUCUCUAGUUACGAAUGUCCAAUGCAAUGAGGUACACGGCUUCCUUGUUUGCACCUUUGCAGCUUUACAGAUAGGAGUUGACCAUCCGCUACAUGGCAAAUGUAUCAAAUCCACAAACUCUUUGUGGCAUGCCUGGACUCACCUAGUGUUGAUCCACCUCUAGUCAAGUAGUUGCGCCUCAGUGCUAUUUUUUUUUUUUUUUUGGCCUUUUUGUUUCCCUUCAUCUAUGCGUUUUGAUUUAUUCUUCUGAAGUUCAGAGCUGUCAUACACUAGUUCAAGUCAAACUAGUUUAGAAGGUCUUAGCAAAAUCAGUAGAAAUCCAUUCUUUCCUUAGGCUAUUAUUUAGUUCUAGAGCACUUUGAGGUGUCUGCAAGAGUUGGGUAAUAGGUUUUUUUUCUCUCUUCCAGUUAAAUGAUUUUCAUGGCUUCGUUGUACUGGUCUUGCGUAUAGAACAUUGAACACCAUAAUGAUGUUGAUUAUUAUUUUGUAUGAAAUUAAUAUCUGAGUUCACCAUUUUUUUGGAAGAAAAUUCACCAAUAUUUCUGUACCGUUUUGCUCUGUAGCACUUCGUUUUCAUCCUUCUGUUUCCUGAGAUUCUACACUGGGUAGCCCAGCCCAGCCCAGCAGCUCGUGCGAAUGCGACGGCGUCUCAACUGACGAAGAGGCUCCCCUAAAAAAAACUGACGAAGAGGCUCCCUUAAAAAAUCUGAAGAAGAGGCCUCUCAAAAAAAAAAGGAAAAAAAACACUGACGAAGAGGAGGAUGAUAGGGUUCCCCUCCCCUCUCCCAGUCCCGCUGCCGCUCUCCCCCUACAAAGCCCUAAACUCGUGCGAGCCGCCGUCCUCCUCCACCCGAUCCAGGCGCCAUGGCGCGAGGUGCGUCUAACUCUGCAGCCAAAGCCUCACGAAUCCAUCGCCCAGCCUCCAUUCUCUGCCUUCUGCCUUCCGCACGCGUCGCCCAUCCACCGUGAGAGAUCGCCGGGGCGAGGCGAGGCCAGCCAUGGCGGCGCCCUUCGUCUACCGCAGCUCCUCCAUCGCAACAAUCCGCCACCGGGGGUUUUGGGGGGGGGGGGGGGUGUUGCUCCGCCGCCACCUCUGCCGCCCGCCAGAGCUCGCCGGGGUGGUAGAUCCACCCCUGAUCUCAGCAUGGCCUGAAAAUGAGCUUGGAGGAUUGUUCUCUGGACACUUGGCUAGUGUAUAAGUUUCAUAUUUCACCGUGCAAGAAAAAUUGUAGAUGACGAGAAGAAAGACAAGGACAUCUGCAGUGUUCCUGAUUCAAAUUAGGGACGCAAUAGCAUGAUGACUCCGUCUAGGGGAAUCUCUGAUGCUUAUCUAAAUUUUGGUGGCUUAUUUUCUUGCAAGUUGUCUCCUUGUGGUUUUGUUUGGAUUUAACUUUUAAGUGCAAUUUGGAGGAGUUAUGGCUAGUAUGCGAGUUGCAAUAUUUUACCAUUGCACUGCAUAAAAAGAUUGGUAGAUGAUGAGGAGAAAGACAAGGACAACCUUUUUUAGCUUCCCUGGUGAUUCAAUUGCUUUAUGUGCUAUUAAUUAGACUAGAAGAUGAAGAUGCUUAUGAAGCUGUGUUAACUGACUACUCUAAAUGCAUAAUAUAUUGUUAGAAGCUUCUCCUUUCUAAAGUUUUUUCUUCUCUCAUUUGUGAGAUAAGUUUGUGUCAUGAGGGGUAUCAUGAUAUGUCAGCCUGAUGAUUACAGUUGUUUGCACUAAGAAUGGAGAUCUGAAUGUGAUUCUCUGUUGAAGCCUGCCUGGCUGCUGUGGUGGAUCAGUGGUAGUGCAGUAGUAGUACUCCCUCCAGUCACAAAUACUCCCUGUGUGUCACUAUAUGUCCAUCUUUCUCCUCUGAUUUUCUUCCACUGAGCAUGCUAAGUAGGCUUCAGGGAGCACAUGUGUAGAUGCAAAACUAUGAAGGCUUUGGCAGAUCAAAAGAAUGCCCCCAUAGAUUCAUUUGACUUACUUUAUGAGUUCUUGAUAGCUACAUACUUGUUUGUUUGAUAUUAGUUUGGUACUGAUGACAUUCGCUGCUUGGUAAUCACUACUUUUUUUGAAUUUGAAGGCUAACUUUCUCUAUGCUGGUGCCAUUUUCUGGUGGUUUAGCUUUGAUGAUUGUUGUCUGGAAUACAGCCACUCUCUGUUAAUUCUUUUCUUGAGGAAACAUGGCUGGUGUGAGUUGCCAUAUUCCACCGCACAAGAAAAAUUGACAGAUGACAAUAAGAAAGACAGGGACAUCUGCAGUGUUCCCAAUUCAAAUUAGGGACGCAAUAGCAUGAUGACUCCGUCUAGGGGAAUCUCUGAUCCUGAUCUCAAUUUUGGUGGCUUAUUUCUGUCAAGUUGUCUCCUUGUGUUUUUGUUUGGCUUUAAGUGCUCUUUGGAGGAAUGGCUGGUAUCGCUAUGUGAGUUGCAAUGUUUCACCAUUUCACUGCAUAAGUAAUGGUAGAUGACGAGAAGCAGGACAAGGACAUCUGCAGUGUUCCCAAAAUCAGGAACGCAAUAGCAUGCUGACUCCGUCUAGGGGAAUCUCUGAUGCCAAUAUCAAGCUUUUUAGCCUAUUUUCUAGUAAGUUUGUCUCUUUUUCUUGAAAGCAUGUUUGGCUUUAGAGGUUCUCUUUGAGCAUUCCUCAGUGAUAUGCACCUAAUCUGUGACUCUUUUUGUUUAAUUUGUUUUUCUUUUGAGUAUUAAGAUGUACAAGCUAGAUGGGUGUAUGCUUGAUAAACCUUGGAUGCAGCUAGUACUGGUAUAGGUAACCUCUAGAACGCGGCCGACUGCAAGCUUACUGGCUGCAGCUUACAUAUAUGCCCGCUUCAGUGUUUGCACGGGGACGUUCUGGUCUGCCAGCCUGAUGAUUACCUUUGCACUAAGAAUGGAGAUCUGAAUACACUUGUUCGUUGAAGCUGGCUUGGCCGCUGUGGUGGAUCAUGUACUCCCUCUGUUCCCAAAUAUAAGUAAUUUUCUCUUAGGGGAGAAUGGUGCAAUCCAUCCAUCCAUCCAUUCAUAAUGUCACUCUGCUUUUCUUCCACCAAGCUGGCAAAGCGGGCUCCGACGAGUGUUUGUGUAGCUACAAAAAUUAUGAAGGAUUUGGCAGAUGCAUAGAAUGUCCCUGUAGUACCGUUGCAUCAUGUGCUUGUCAAGUCACAAGUCACUAAGAAUGGAGAUCUGAAUACACUUCAUCGUUGAAGCUGGCUUGACCGCUGUGGUGGAUCAUAUACUCCCUCUGUUUCCAAACAGACAAGUAAUUCUCUCUAAGGAGAGAAUGAUACCAUUGAUUCAUCCAUCCAUCCAUGCAUGCAUAUAUCACUGUGGUUUUCUUCCACCAAACUGGUUGUGCGGGCUCUGGUGAUUGUUUGUGUAGAUGCAAAAAUUUUGAAGUCUUUUGGCAGAUGCAUAGGAUGCCUUGUACUGUUGCAUUAUGUGCUAGAGGAAAGGUGUUUGUGAAGUCAUAUGAGUCAACUAGUUCAAAUACAGAUGUAUAAUGCAUUUUGAAAAUGUUGUGAUAUAUUGGUAUCAUUUUGAGAUUAAUUGUUGGGGGUGUUUCGGCUUUGUUAUCGGGGCAUUCUAAUCUACCAGCCUGAUGAUUAGACCAUCUCCAAUCAUAUUCCCUUCAUUUCGUUCCCUUCCCGAUUCCCUUCCCCGUUCUUAUUCCCUUUAUUUCCUCUCAUCUCCAACAGCUUCCCCUCGAGGGGAAUCGCGAAGGGAAUAGAGAGAGAAUCCCGUUCUGAAGGGAAUGACUCUGGGAAUCCCGUCAUGACGGGAACCGUGAAGAGAAACCGUUGGAGCGCUGAAGGGAACGAAAAUCCCGUCGUGAAGGGAUUUUGGCCCCUGAAGAGAAACCGUUGGAGAUGGUCUUACUCUGCAUUAAGAACGGAGAUCUGAAUGCACUUUCCCUGUUGAAGCCUGCUUGCCUGCCAUAGUGGAUGGUCUGCCGCCUCUCUCUCUCUCUCUCUCUCUCUGUGUGUGCCUGUCUGUACCUCUCUCACUCCAUCUGUACGAGAUUGUCCAUCAACCAAAAGGGCUAAGCGGGCUCUUGGGAAUGUAUAUGUAGAUGCAAGAAUUAUGAAGGUUUGGCAGAUGAAAAGAAUGCCCCUUGACCGAACAGUUUUUAUAAUGAGUGUGCAAGCUUUGGUUUUUGACCUUUUUUUGCAUCCCUGAUUGCUGAAUUGUCUUCAGGCCUGUGGUUGAACUGUUCUUUGCAAGCUCUUUUUUUAAAAAAAAAAAAAAUCUCUUUGAGGUGCUAAAGCAAAUGUCGGGGUUCUGAAUAGUUUUUGUUGUCAAAGGAACUAUCACAAGUAUGAAUUUUUAAGUAUCUAUUAGAGAUGACCUAAACAGUAUUAUGGAUCCUCAUUUUUAUCAGAAAAGUUGCUUUCAACUGGUGCUACAGUAUCUCAGCCAUAUCACUGUACCGUUGGAAGCCGGCUAUGCUGGAGGCCGAUAUGGGCAGCAGCCAGCGGCAAAACCAACGGCACAGUGAUGACUGCGUCUUUGCAAGCUCUUUUUUUUAAAAAAAAAAAUCUCUUUGAGGUGCUAAAGCAAAUGUCGGGGUUCUGAAUAGUUUUUGUUGUCAAAGGAACUAUCACAAGUAUGAAUUUUUUUUAUGACUUGAAUCUAAUGUACAGGUCUACAUUGAUCCAGUUGAUGAUUUGUAAUGCAGGGUUGGAGUUUGUUGAAGAAAUGAACAUGCUAUGGAAUGACAACUAGUCAGGUGCUCUAAAGUUGAGAUGAAUCAUUGCCAUGACCGGCGAGUUAAUGUUGCUCUAAAGGUGGCGUGAAGAGAUGAAGUACAAAACCUGGAGGUGCUGCUGGACAAGCUGCGAGAACGGCUACAAUACUUGCGAAUGUGUUCCUGUAGUUUAUAGCCGAAGCACUAGUGAUAUUUCGUUCUUUUGGGAACUUUGUAGGAUGUGGUUGAAUCUGAUGGUGUUUUGCACGGUAUGGUGCUCAUCUGUUGUUAUCUCUAGCAAUUAGGAGUGAUCAGGAUAGUGGAGUGUUAAUAGAGGUCGAUUAUGCACACAGGUAGUCCAUUAUGUAGUGAUUUGGACGAUUACUAGUACAUCUGCUUGGCAAGCUCUCACGUCUUGUUUCGUGCGGCGUGUUGUGCUUGUGCACCGUUCGACCGUGCAAUGUGCUUCUUAUCUUGUAUUUUUCACUGGCAUCUACCGUUCGACCAUUUGAAUC